AUGUUCUUCCUCAAAGAAGAAACCAAAGUUAUCACGCUGCAUCCGUCCUACUUCGGUCCCAAUGUGCGAGAAUAUCUGAUCAACCGAUUGAACGAGGAGGAGGAAGGACGAUGCACGGGUGAUCACUUUGUGAUCUGUGUCAUGGAUAUGGUCGAUAUUGGCGAAGGGAGGGUACUUCCAAGCGGAGGACAGGCAGAAUACACUAUAAAAUACCGUGCGAUUAUCUGGAAGCCUUUCCGAGGGGAGACGGUCGAUGCCAUAGUUACCUCUGUCAAACCCACCGGAAUUUUCACAUUGGCAGGUCCAUUGUCGGUUUUCAUUGCGCGGAAAAACGUCCCCUCCGAUAUCAAGUGGGAGCCGAACACGAUACCUCCCCAAUACACAGAUCAUGCCGACCAAGUCAUCGAAAAGGGAACCAGUCUGCGACUCAAGAUUCUCGGUGUCAAGCCGGAUGUGGCGGCCAUCAAUGCCAUUGGUACCAUCAAGGAGGAUUUCCUAGGACCAUUGUAA